GUCAUCAGCGCGCACCGAGAACGCCAGCCCAAGCGACGUUCUCACCCUUGGCCGGGCAGUGAUUCAGUGCGCUCCUGCUUGGGCUGCAACAGCUUCUGGACCGGAGAGAAGCUGUGACUGAUCUCCGUUAUACUGAAUUCUUCUCGCUCUGAUAAAAUGCCUGUGAAGAAAAAGAGAAAAUCCUCCGCCUCUGAAGAAAUGAACCUGAAGAAAUGUAGAAUAUCUAGUUAUUGCAGAUCACAAGCACCAAGUAAAAUUAUAAACGGGGAGGACCUGUUCUCUAGCAAAAAGUGCCUGGCCUGGUUUUAUGAAUAUGCAGGUCCUGAUGAAAUUGUUGGGCCUGAAGCUAUGGAAAAAUUCUGUGAAGAUAUUGGUGUUGAACCAGAAAAUAUAAUAAUGUUGGUUCUAGCCUGGAAAUUAGAGGCAGAAAACAUGGGCUUUUUUACAAAGGAGGAAUGGCUUAAAGGAAUGACCUCUUUACAAUCUGACUGUACAGAGAAGUUGCAGAGUAAAUUUGAUUUCCUACGUGCUCAAUUGAAUGAUAUCACUGCUUUUAAGAAUAUUUACAGAUACGCAUUUGAUUUUGCAAGGGACAAGGACCAGCGAAGUCUGGAUAUUGACACAGCAAAGUCCAUGUUAGCUCUCUUGUUAGGAAGGACGUGGCCGCUCUUCUCUGUGUUCUAUCAGUAUUUGGAGCAAUCAAAGUACAGAGUCAUGAACAAAGACCAGUGGUACAAUGUCUUAGAAUUCAGCAGGACUGUGCAUGCAGAUCUUAGCAAUUAUGAUGAAGAUGGUGCAUGGCCUGUUCUCCUUGAUGAAUUUGUUGAGUGGCAAAAAGUGCGUCAGUCGUUAUAGCAAGAUCUUUCAUGGGGAAACCGUAACAAUGCCCUCCAGGUCAUUAUAAAGAGAAGUUAUUGAAGAAUGCUCUUCCAUCCUUGCCAAAGGCGUCUCCUUUAUUCCCCCCUCCCUUUCUUUUCCUUUAUUUUUAAGGAACUGAUGUUUUCUUCUAACACGCAAUAUUGGCAGUUACCUUCAUCGGACUGAACAACAGAGUCUACUUUUGGAUAAAAACUGAUGAUGUUUACACACAAUUUGAAAGAAUGCGAAGGAAUGGUUUAGAUAUCAUUUAUUUUACAUGUUUAUGGAAAAAAAAAAAAACAUUAUCAGUUUGUUCCAGUACUUUCAGCCAGUGCUUUUCAUGCUCUGUCAGUUGACCAGUUUAAAGUCUUUGCUGCUUUUUUUUGGAUAGAAAUCUGUCCUUGAUUUAAUAUUAACCCAAUGACUUAAUGUGCUACACAAAGAUUCUUAGCUUCUCAUGUUGUGUCAAAAAAAAAAGUGACUGUGAAAAGCUUUGCACCAAAUCUAGUAACCAACUGCAACAAACCAGAUGCUAGUGAAUGCAGAUUGGUUGCUAUGGACUACUAGACCUGGGGCAAACUAGGCCAGAGAAGUCAGAUUUCAGCUGCACAUGACACUGAAAUUAGACUCGCCAUUGACCUAUUUGACUUUUUUGGUUUGCUUUCUUGGUGUUCGAAUACUUCCAUCAUGUCCUCCAUGCAUGUCCAAGAGGAUCAUAUCAAGUGGUACAGGGAAACUGCAUGCUGGGCACGUUGGUACCCUCCCGCCAGUGAUGGGAGUUCAGGUCUGUGCAUAGAAUCUGUAACAUCAUUUUUGUACAUUCGCUUUGGGCUUGCAAACAGAGAGAGCAAAAAAACGAAGAUUUUUUUUUGAUAUCCAGCAUUUCUAGCUCUUUAUUUAUGAUGGUAUUUUCUGGUCAGAACUUUAGAAACCAUUUUUAUCCACAUUUUUUUGGGGGGGGAUACACAUAUUUUUUUUCAGAUUGCGAUUUCACUUCGUUAUGUUGACUUCCAAUAAAAAAAAUAUAUAUAUAUAUAUUAUGAUAUUGUUUCCUAGCCCCAAAAACCCAUCCAAUUUUCGAAAGACAACGAUAAAACUUUUUUCUUUUCUUUUUUUAAAUCAAAAAGAACUUAUUUCAGAGGAACGGGAGAAUGAAAUGCCUGCUUUGCUGCCAGAAGAGCUAUUUGCCAUGUGAGAUCUUCACAUAUUUAUGUACUUAAACAUUAAAAAAAAAAGCAUGUCUUUGACCCUCCUGUGAAGUAGGAAAAGACAUAGAUCUUUCAUUUCAGCAGUAUUCCUCCCUUAACCAGAAAAGGCUUCACAAACUCUAAACAUCCUCUGCACUUUUUGUUUUCCGAUACCAACAGGCAGUUGGUAUUAAAGCUGCGAGUAUAGAUGUGUUUACUACAUCUGAAUAAAGGAUUAAUUAUCUGUGUC